AUUCAAAUCUAUGAUGUUAGUGUGAUCGAACCAGUUUUCAAGAUUAGCUCUAGAAUUAAAUAUUAGUUUAUGAUUAUCAGUCUUACAAGAAAUAUUAAUAUAUAAUUCGUGAAAUACUUGAACACAUUUUAAAUCAUGAAACUAAUGAAUAUUAUGUGUGGAUUACCAAAGCUCUCUGUAUAUCCAAAACACAGUUUGAUGACUAAACCUAUCUGUGUGUCUGGAAAGAACCUACCUCCAAAUUCAGAAAUCAAACUCAAAACAACUCUUUUCUGUCAAAAAAAUAGAUAUAAUUUCACCAGCUUGAAUUUAUACAAAACUACAAACAAUGGAUUUUUCUCUACCUCUACACAUCCUACCCUAGACGGUAGUCAGUAUACAGGAUGCCAUCCUUCAGGUCCAGUUUGGUCUGUCAGACCCCAGGAUGGAUCUAGAAAACGAUUAUGGAACGAGAAUACUAGUUUACCGUUGACAUAUAUAUUUAAACUAUUUGAUUCACAGAACAAUCUUAUAGGCGAAAGUUCUCUGAUAAAAUACAUAAAAAGUCCUGAGGUUACCAGAAUAGGAGUGAGUAAUGGCCGAUUCAGAGGAGCAUUGUAUUUACCAAGAUUGGAGAAAGUUGAGGGAGGAAGACGAGCUAUAAUAACAAUAUUUGGAGGUAUGCUGGAGGGUAGAGCUCCGGAAGAUAUGGCAGCAAUGCUUGCUGGUUCUGGAUUUGUGACCUUUGCACUGGCUUUCUAUGGCGGGGAGGGUCAACCCUCCGAGUACACUCAUGUAGAUAUAGGUUUAAUAGAAGAUUGUGUGGACUUCUUGAGGUCACUACCACAGGUUGAAGAUAAGAGAAUAAACUUGUUUGGAAUAUCAAAAGGAGCAGAUUUAUCUCUGUGUACAGCUGCAUUCUUAGGAAAUAAAAUACGAGGAACAGUUGCUGUAAAUAGCUUUUUUGGUAGCUUUAAUGGAGACACAUUUUACAAGAAUGAAUCAGUAAAAUGGAAUGGAUUGGAUAUGAAGAUAUUAAAUAAGGGAAUUACAUCUGACCAGUAUUGCAAUAUAAUUCGACAGUUUAAAGAAGAUCCUGAUAAAUGGAUUCCUGUAGAGAGAGUAGAUGGUCCUAUACUAGCAAUAAAAGGACUAGAUGACGUAACCCCUACCAUUGAAUUUGCCCAGAUUGCGCAGCAAAGAGCAAAAUCCAGAGGGAAAACAAAUUUUGAGGUGAUUAAGUAUACAGGUCUUGGGCAUCUUCUAGAGCCAGCAAACUAUCCUGUGUGCACCAGCGCUAGAUUAUUCGGAUGGGAUAUACAGUAUGGAGGAAAAAAUAUCCAACGCCAUGCUUUAGCACAACUUGAUGCUUGGGGAAGAAUACUUCAUUUUAUGAACGCAAAAUAGUUUAAAUUUUAGUAAUUUUUUUUUAACGUUGAAUAAAAGAAUUGUUGAUUGGAAUAAAAACUUUAUAAAAAACUUAUGUGUUCAAGAUUUUAAAUAAAGGUUC